AUGUUGACAGUCAAAGAAAAUUUUGACAGAAAGUUCUCAAAACUCGAAGAAGGCAAAGCAUACAAACUUGUUAUACCUUAUGAACCAAAGAAAGCAGACGACUAUGAAUAUUAUGAGUCUAAGAUAGUUGAAGUUCAAGGUAAAUUGGGUAAAAAGAUUUUAGAGUCUAAGCCAGUGUUUGCUCCUAAAGAGGAAGAGAACAUUGACAUUGACCCAGAAAUGUUCUAA